AUGAUCUCAAGUUACUGCAAAGAAGACGGAGGGAUUUUCUUCGAUCCGAGUGACAAAGAAAUCAUAGACUAUUAUCUAGCUCGCAAGUUGAGAGGUGAAACGAGUAAGAACGACUUCAUAUUGGACAAAGACGUUUACGCCAAGGAGCCUUGGUUGCUCGACCAUACCGAUUAUUCUUUUUUCAUGGAGGACGAGUGGUACUACUUCACGACAAGAACUCAAAUCUCGGAGAAGAAGUUAGGUCGUGGUAAGAACUCGAAGCGGAGGAUCACCGGCGGAGACAACGAUGGCUGUGGGAGUUGGAAGCCAAACACGACAGAUGAUAUCAUCGACAAAGAAACAACGAAGAUCAUUGGGACAAAGAAAACCCUAACUUUUACUAAAAGCAGCGACAGCAGCUGGAUUAUGACAGAGUACAUGCUUCCCGAAGAAGAUGACAAGUUUCAAGAACUGGUCUUGUGCAAGAUUCACAAGAUAGACAAGUCCAAGAAGAAGAAGGACGAUCUUCAUGGGCCGAGUGAAGAAGGAAACAUGAAGGUGAUGGAUGCAGGAAGUAGAAGAAGAAGACUGGAUUGA